AUGUCGGAAACCUCACAUCCAUCUCGCGAUCCAAAAAAUCUCAGCGAACCAUUCGCAGUCAUCGAAUUUCUCGAGAAAAACGAAAAAGGGCUACCAUGCAUUGAUUUGGUGCCGAAAAAAUGGUUUAAUAGUGCAGAAGAAGACACCUGUAAAUUCCCACCGACAACUGAAUAUCAUCUACUUGACGACUACUUGGAAAAAUUGCACUCGCCCAAGGACUCUUGGCAAAGUUAUCCAUUUUGCUUCAUCACCGGAGCAGCUGAUUUGGAUCAGGGUCGCAGAAGAUUAAAAAAGGCCCAAGUAACUCUCAACUGUGAGACAACCGAUGGUGAAAAUGAUCGAAAGGGGGGGAGGUCCGAAACUUCCUCGAAAGCAAAAAUUUCAGCAAAACCCUUAACUGCAUCAAAGUCUCAACUAAACAACAUCUUUAGUACUAAAAUCCCGAUUCCACCUAGAAAUCAAACUCCAAAGUCUGGUAUACAAGCAAAACCAAAGACAAGAUUUCAAAGCAUUUACCAGAGUGGAUCUGACUCUGAAGACGAAAAUCAUGAUUGUCUUAUAGCUAAUCCUGAGGAGAUUCGAGCCUCAAAGGCUCAAAAUAAUUCUGGCUUUUUGCAAAUGUCGAGUAAAUCGCGAUCUGUACCAACAGGUGCAUGUUUAUCAUUUAAACAGCGGUCAAGGAAGAAUAUUACUUUGCUUAAAGACGUCGAAACUGAUGAAUCUGAGAGCAAUGAUUCCUCCGAUGGAAUUCUGCAGUCACCUACAAAAUCGAUGGACUCAGCGAGAAAUACAAGAAAAGAACUUCAUUUGACACCUCCUUCACCACUAGUCCAUAACGCUUCAGGUAACCGAAAAAGGCGUGCAUCGUCUACUACACGCGCUGAAGACGGAUUGAAUUCGAUUGUGAGCCCAGGAACUCCAAAAACUUCACGAUCAAUGAUGGUACCCCCUGCUAAGAUGCCAAAAAUGCUGGGACCACAAAACCAGUUGUCAUCUAGUCAUUAUGCUGAUAAUGAACGUCGAAUCCUGAACUCCCUUCGAGAUUACUUUGAUCAGCAAUUAGAUGAAAAGCUCGAAAAUUUAAGACGCAGGAUGGCUUACGAUUUAAAGCAGUCUAUGAAUGAGCUCAAGACCACAAUCAUUGGCACUAAUCUAGCCCCAGCUUCUGGUCCUAGCUUGCUUGAAAUACAGAAGCAGAUGUCUACGCCACUACUAUUUGAAAUGGAUGAUAAGUUCCAGGAAUACGAAGCGAUAUUGACAACGGACCCAAAUCUCGUAGAAACACUGCGAUUAUUCAUGAGAGUUUUGAUAAGCAAUAAAAAAGAGAUGAAAAUAUGUGUUUCCACUAUCCUAUCUGCGGUUCUGAGGAAGACAGUGUCACUGCACUAUUCUGGUUACGGAAAGGAAGCUGGCGGAAAGAAAAAGAAAAAUUUUUAUAACACUACAGUAUGCAAAGUACUGAUUGAUGUGAUAAUUGAGGUAAUAGGAUCCAGCACUGAUGAGAAGAAGAUAAUGUCAGAAGUAAGUACUUGGUUGUCACGUUCUGGCGAUCGAGAGGGUGGGCGUAAGGAACGACAACGCGGGUCAAGUCAUCAUAACGAGAAUAAUUCAGUUUGUUCCUUUGAUACCAAUCGAUAAUACUUCAUUUUUCCGGGAUAAAUGGAAUUGUAAAAUCACUGUGUUAAUAUGACUCCAUUAGUUCAUUUUCGUAAUUGUAUUAGUUGUGAUAUUCUUGAUAAAAGGUACGAUUAAUAGGAAAAGUUUAUAUUAUCAAUAUAUUUUUAUCGCGAGGCGUUUCAUUGGGCAGAAUAUAUAUUAAUAUAUGAAUAUUGUUUAGUAUUCGGCUGUCAUUGAAGUAUUAAUUAUAUUUAUUAUAUUUCUCCUGGCGAGGUCGGAAAUCCAGAAGAUGGAAAUAACAAUUGGAAAAUGUGAUGUAUCUUAGCAUAAUAAAGUAUUUUCUAUGUCAUUUCCUCAUAAGUUAGAUCACGGGAAUAAAUAUCCGUUGUUGGUUCAGGGAUUAAAUAUUAUGUCCAAAAGUUUAAAGGGAAAAAUAAUAAGUGGAUUUUUAAUUUUUAAGAAAAAUUCUAAUGAAAGUAAUUUCAGCCAUUGAGAGCUGUUUUCAGUAUUUGGUGAUUCAAGUCAAAUAAUAUUUAUAAGGUUGAAGUUUCACAAUCGGACUGCGUCCAUAUUCCCCAAAGAUUUCAAAUUUAAGGGUUGAAAUUAAUUAGUUAUAUGUAAUCCUAUCCAAGACUUUUUUAUAUUUCUAAGUUUGUUUGAAAGAGUGAAUAUAAUAAGCAAUAUUAUAUAGAACUAGCACACAAUCAAUGCAACUAAAUAUCAUUCUGUGUUCCGGAGUUGCAGAUGGAGAAGACAUUAUUGUAAAAAAAGGACGUCUUUCCGAGAUGAAAAAAUAAUUCUUAUCAGGAUAAUUCGUAUCAGCAAUUGUCUAUGGAUAUAAGAAUUAAUUCUUAUCAUCCAUAGCGGAAUAAAUUAUCCAUAAUAUUGCUAUUAUAAUGACUGUUUUCAUGCUUGAAUUGAAGCACGAUAAUUUAUCAAUUCUAAACUACUAAUUUAAAAAAUAACAUUGGUGCGUUAUUUUGUUGGAUAUUUUGUUAAUACAAUCUUCGAAUUCUGAAGACUGACUGCUAAUAUUAUUAGAUUGUAAGAGAGAGUUUAUUAAGACUUAAUAUGGUAUGUCGUAUUAAAUUUCGGAUUCAAAUGAUCUACGUAGAUUAUUUAUUUUAAAAGCGGAUGAAAAUAAUCCACAAAAGAUUUUUCUACAAUUUAUACCUGCAAUCAUUUUUUUGAGUUUUCAUAUUCUGUUCGCGGAAAAAUCUCAUAGUUGUGAUUAUCUUUCAUGAAAAUUGGAGAUACAAACACUGCAUAUCUUUAACUGUUCAACCAAAAUCGGAUGAAAACAUGUACUAUGUCGAUAGGAGGAAAAAAGUUUUUGAUUGGCUGAGUUUUUUUGUCAAUAGAUUUAAUAAAUUUAAAUAUAAGUUUUGUCACAUAAUAAAACUGUUUUCUGUAUAAUGUUGAAGGUAAUAAAUACAUGUCUGCUUAUCAGAUAUACCGUUCAU